AUGGUGCUGCGCCACUCCUGGGCCACGUCUCCCCCCAUCCCGCUUCUUACCCUUCCGCUCCUCUCGCAACCGACAACCAUCGCCGCCCCGAGCGAUCAACUCCUCCCGCUCCGGCUCGACAUCGACGACGUCUUCGAUAUCCUCUACCGCAUCGGCUUCCACAGUAUCACCACCAGCAUCCCUCCAGCUUUCCCCCUCGACCUCCCCGACGAGCAGUACAAAGUCCGGCCACAGAUCUUUCUUCUUGCAACCUCCUGCUCCUUCCCGUCUUUGUCCUUGGACCUGGCCAAGCUUGCUCUCACCUCGCCGUCGCCGCCGCCGCAGCAGCAGCACUGGGAACUCUCCCCGCAGCAACCUUACUUGUCGUAUCACGAUAUUCUCCUCACCUACGAAGACAUCAAGUCGCUCAAGAACGACUGGUUGACAGACAACAACAUUGCUUUCUGGGAAGAAUGGCUGGAACGCGAAGUCCUCCCCAAGUACCCUCAAGCCCGCAUCAUCCUGCUUCGGCCCUCAAUGACCUUCCUCCUCAUGAAGGAGCCCGACAUGCGCCAGAUCCGCUCCGCCCUCCCCGACUUCUCCAAAGUAACACACAUCUUCCUCCCCAUCAAUGACGCCCGCAACGUCGCCCAGGCCGAGGGCGGCUCCCACUGGUCCCUGCUGCUCGUCAGCGCCAUCGACGGCGUCGCCUUCCACUACGACUCCCUCGGCGGCGCAAACUACGCAGAAGGCCGCCUCGCCACCCACAAGAUGUCCGAGAUCCUCGGCCGCCCACUCCGCUAUCUCAACCUCGACGACUCUCCCCAGCAGGAGAACGGCAGCGACUGCGGCGUGUUUGUGUGUAUCCUAAUGCGCCACCUGCUCAUCAAGCGCCUCCUCAGCGCCAACGCUCGCGAAAAGGUCAGCAUGAGCAUGGCCAAUAAGCUGAUUGACAGCCACGGCGGACGUAAAGAGAUGCUCAAAAUUAUCGAGAGCUUGCGCAAGGAGGGCGAGCGGAGGAGAUCGAGAAGCGCAUCACCGUACUCGUCAAAGACGCCGCCACGGAUCGAGUAG